UUCUGCCCCGCAAUGAUGGAGAGCGGCAUCCACCUGAGUGGCCUGCUGAGCCGCCAUGAUGACGAGGCCACCAGGACAUCAACCUCUGAGGGGCUGGAGGAGGGUGAGGUGGAGGGUGAGACCCUCCUCAUCGUGGAGUCGGAGGACCAGGCCUCGGUGGACCUGUCGCAUGACCAGAGUGGGGACUCCCUCAACAGUGACGAGGGCGAUGUGUCGUGGCUAGAGGAGCAGCUGUCCUACUUCUGUGAGAAGUGCCAAAAGUGGAUACCAGCCAGUCAGCUGAGGGAACAGCUCAGUUACCUUAAGGGUGAUAACUUUUUCAGGUUCACUUGUUCUGACUGCUCUGCAGAUGGCAAGGAGCAGUAUGAGCGGCUGAAGCUGACAUGGCAGCAGGUCGUCAUGUUGGCCAUGUACAACUUGUCCCUGGAAGGCAGCGGGCGGCAGGGCUACUUCCGGUGGAAAGAGGAUAUCUGUGCCUUCAUCGAGAAACACUGGGCCUUCCUGCUGGGAAGCAGGAAGAAGACCUCCACUUGGUGGAGCACUGUGGCUGGCUGCCUGAGCGUGGGAAGCCCCAUGUACUUCCGCUCCGGGGCGCAGGAGUUUGGGGAGCCAGGCUGGUGGAGACUGGUGCACAACAAGCCACCCACCCUGAAGCCUGAAGGGGAGAAGCUGUCCAGCUCCUCGCUGAAGGCCAGAGCCUCGAAGCCCAUGUUGGAUCCCAUCAUCACUGUGGAGGGACUCCGGAAGCGGGCCAGCCGGAACCCUGUGGAGUCCGCCAUGGAGCUUAAGGAGAAGCGGUCUCGCACGCAGGAGGCCAAGGACAUCCGGAGGGCCCAGAAGGAGGCAGCUGGUUUUCUGGAUCGGAGCCCAGCCUCUACACCAGUCAAAUUUGCCAGUCGGGCCCGCCGGCCAGAAGUAGUCCUGGAGAGGGGCGAGGUGAUCGAUUUUGCAUCCUUAAGCUCCUCAGACCGUACUCCUCUGACCAGCCCCUCACCGUCUCCCUCGCUAGACUUCUCAGCACCUGGGACACCAGCAUCACACUCAGCCACACCGAGCCUGCUGUCGGAGGCCGACCUGAUCCCUGAUGCCAUGCCCCCGCAGGCACUCUUCCAUGAUGAUGAUGAGCUGGAUGGUGACAUUGACCCGGGAGUGGAGGACCCACCGCCGUCCUUGGGGCCUGCAGCUUUGGGCCCAGGGGCUGGAGGCAGGAAGAAGGUCAGAGCCCCCGAACACAUCAAACAGGAGGUGGACAGUGAGGAGGAGAAGCCGGACAGGGCAGAUUUGGACAGUGAGGACACAGACUCCAGUGCGUCCCUGCAGACCCGGGCACGGGAUAAGCGGAGGCCACCCCUACAGAAGGACAUGCGGCCACAGGGGCCCCGGUACACACCCGCCAGCAUCUAUGAGGAGAAGCUGCUGCUGCGCAGGCUGGAGGCCUGUCCUGGCGCUGUGGCCAUGACGCCUGAGGCGCGCAGGCUAAAGCGCAAGCUAAUUGUCAGGCAGGCCAAGAGGGAGCGGGGGCUGCCCCUCUUUGACCUGGACCAGGUGGUUAAUGCUGCCCUCCUGCUUGUGGAUGGGAUCUAUGGAGCCAAGGAAGGGGGACUGCCCCGGCUUCCGUCUGGACAGGCCACUUACCGGACCACCUGCCCAGACUUCAGAAUCCUGGACCGAUAUCAGACGGCCUUGCCAUCCAGGAAGGGCUUUCGGCACCAGACCAGCAAGUUCCUGUAUCGCUUGGUGGGCUCAGAGGACCUGGCUGUGGACCAGAGCAUUGUCAGCCCCUACACUUCCCGUAUCCUAAAGCCCUACAUUAGGCGUGAUUACGAGACAAAGCCACCGAAACUACAGCUCUUAUCCCAGAUUCGUUCCCACCUACACAAGAGUGACCCUCACUGGACACCGGAGCCUGAUGCACCUCUCGAUUACUGCUAUGUCCGGCCAAAUCACAUCCCAACAAUCAACUCCAUGUGUCAGGAGUUUUUCUGGCCUGGCAUCGACCUAUCUGAAUGCCUGCAGUACCCUGACUUCAGUGUGGUCGUGCUCUAUAAGAAAGUCAUCAUUGCCUUCGGCUUCAUGGUUCCCGACGUGAAAUACAACGAGGCUUACAUUUCAUUUCUGCUCGUCCACCCAGAAUGGAGAAGAGCAGGGAUCGCAACGUUCAUGAUCUAUCACCUGAUCCAGACCUGCAUGGGCAAGGACGUGACCCUGCACGUCUCAGCGAGCAACCCUGCCAUGUUGUUGUACCAGAAGUUCGGCUUCAAGACUGAGGAGUAUGUGCUGGACUUCUACGAUAAGUACUACCCGCUGGAGAGCGCUGAAUGCAAGCACGCCUUCUUCCUGCGGCUGCGGCGCUGACGUGUGUCUGUUAGGAAACAGGUCUGUGGGAGGACCUGCAUGUGACAAGUGUACCCCAUGGGUGCAGUUUCUGCAGGCAGUGGGUGGCCCUUCCACUGUCACUUUGGUCCUUUCCAGACUGGCCUUGGCCAGAAGGGUCUCCUCCUUCAGCUCCGCUGCUGCAGUAGUGGAAGCCCCUGAGCUGCUGCUCUUGGAGAGGGCCUGCUUGCCCCAACCCAGGGUGAAAGCAGUGACCAGGAGGCUCCACGAUGCCCCCAUGACAGGCAGUUCCGGAGGUUGUUGCUGAACCGGCCCUAGCUGGUGCUGUGCUGUCACUGAGUAUAAGAGGCUUCUGGGCCCCAAAGUUCUGUGUCUCUUUUGAUGAUCUUGUUCACCGCCUGGAAGAAUAAAUGUCUGUGUUGCUUUA